AUGCUGAAGAAUUUAUCCCAAUCCGUCCUGCUGUUGGCGGCCUUAACCGCCUCCGUCAGAGCCGCACCACCACACCAUGGCAAGUGGGGGAAAGGACAUUCUCAAUCAGCAGGCGCCCGAGCGAUAUACUUCAUCACCAACGAUGCCAGUAGCUCUGUUGCAGCAGUGCCCGUUUCCCCGAAUGGCCUGCUAUCUGAAGGCAGUCUGACUCCCACGGGAGGCGAUGGGGGCGUUAGCAUUAAUGGAGCCACGGGCAAUCCUCUCCUUCCUGACCCUUUGAUCUCGCAGUCUUCUGUGACCAUCGCUGGAAAUAACAUCUUCGCCGUCAAUGCGGGCAGCAAUACCUUGUCAAUGCUGUCAAUUGACCCGCAGGACCCGACGAAACUCACCUUGAUUGGUGCUCCUGUCAGUCUCCCAGGCCAAUUCCCCAACACUGUCGCUGCGUCGGCCAGCAACCGACUGGUCUGUGUCGGGACAACCGGUGUGACCAAUGGCGUCUCCUGCUCGUCUUUCUCCGAGAAAGGUCUCGGCCCAAUGGACGGCUUGCGCUCCUUUGACCUUGUUCAGACUACUCCUCCCAUGGGUCCGACGAACUCGGUCUCCCAAGUAUUCUUCUCCGAGGACGAGUCUCGCUUGUUCGCGACGGUCAAGGGCAAUCCCGCAAUCAACACCACCGGGUUCUUCUCCGUGUUUCCCGUUCAGGGAGGAGGUUGGCAUGGGAAGCCAUCACUCUCAACGACGGACACUCGCAGCUCCCCGGCAGGAACCGCCGUCCUGUUCGGCUCCGAAGUCAUUGCUGGAACGUCGAAGGUCUUCGUGACAGACGCAUCUUUUGGUGGUGCCGUCAUAUCGGUGGACCUCACAACCAACACAGCAUCAACUGUGGCGAAGCAGGUCAUCGCGGGUCAAAGUGCCACCUGCUGGGCGACGAUUUCACCCGUGACUGGGACUGCGUUCGUGGCGGACGUUGGCGUGAACCGUCUGGUGGAGAUGAGCUUAUCAGACGCCAGCAUCAUCUCAAUCCUAGACCUAUCCGCGAAUGGGGACCCGGGGCUUAUCGACAUGAAAGCCGCCGGCAACUUCAUCUAUGCUCUUGCUCCGGGCAACGGAACUACGCCUCCAGCGGUGACUGUUUUGGAUGUCUCUGGAGGGCCAGGGUCGGCAAAGCAGGUCCAACACUUCCAACUGGCUUCGAUGGGCGUGGACAAGCAGGCGCAGGGCAUGGCGGUAUUUUGA